CUUGAACGAGUUAUCUAUAUAUUGUUUGCAUUCGUCUGUCUGUGUGUCGCUUCAUCAACACGAUUUUGAGCUCGAAUUUGCGCCUCAAAGUAUUCUUGGCACAGUAUUGGGAAGAUAUUAAUUAUUUUUAGGUGUUUUCAUAUUGACAGAAAUGUCUUUGUAUGAUGGUUUAGACAUUGAUAAAGAAGAUGGUGGCAGCACAAAACCAGUUGUUGCUGGCUGGUCAUCAAGCUAUAAACUUCUUCAGUCACAACUCCAGGCCAAGAAAGCUUCCUCUUCACAAAGCAGGAAAAGCAGACAUGGAGCGGCAACUUUGGCCCCUGUUAUGGACCUCAAGAAAUCCAACGACUCAGAAAUCUACUUUAACCAAAUCACAGGGAGGAUUGAGAGAAGUCCCAGAGUAUCGCCCAAUGUGGGAAGUUCCCCCUUCAUUCCAGCAGACCCAGUUCCCUCUCUGACAGGGGUGGCAGAUGAAUAUGAGCCCCUCAGACCCAAUGAUUACGAGGACUUUGUCAAAAAGAGGAAGGAACAGCGGCAGAAGGAGAGAGAAGAGGACUUGAGAAGGAGGGAUCCAGACGAGGACCGACAUUCGAGAAAGCGUAGAGAUCGAGACAGAGAUCGGGAUCGAGACAGAGAUAGAGAUGGUCAUGACAAGAGGGGAGGAGGAGAAAUGGAGAGAGCGCAGCGAAGGCGAGACGAGGAAGAGGAAGAUGAUUAUGAGAAACCACGUAAACCAAGUGGUGGAGCGGCCAUAGCCCCGCCUACAUCCCUUAUAGAGGAGGAUCUGCCUGGUGAUCAAGGUGCAUCUCCCAUAAUGCCCAACAGGUCCAACUCUCCACCAAUGGGCUACACCAUAGGAUUAGGAGGAUCUGUAGCCUCCAAAAUCAUGGCGAAGUAUGGCUAUAAGGAGGGGCAGGGGCUGGGGAAAUCGGAGCAGGGGAUGAGCACGGCCUUGUUUGUGGAGAAGACGAGCAAGAGAGGGGGAAAGAUCAUCCACGAAAAGGAUCUACCCAAAAUAGUUGAACCACCCAAGGAGGCUGCUUCCAACACUAAUUUAAUGAAGAAUCCAUCAAAGGUUGUUUUAUUAAGGAACAUGGUCGGACCAGGAGAGGUGGACAAGGAUUUAGAACCAGAAACGGCCGAGGAAUGUACUAAAUAUGGGAGGGUCAUCAAGUGCGUUAUAUUUGAGAUUCCGCAUGGCGAUGAUGAAGAGGCGGUCCGAAUAUUUGUGGAGUUUGAUCGGAUUGAUUCAGCUAUCAAAGCGAUCAUCGAUCUGAAUGGCAGAUACUUUGGUGGCCGAAUUGUGAAAGCGUGUUUUUACAAUCUGGACAAAUUCAGAAGACUGGAUUUAGGUGGUGAAAUUGACCCUUGACCUUUGCAUCAUUGUGUCACUUCCCAUUCUGUGAAUUGACAUAUCUAUAAUUACAUCAUGUUCAUUGAUUGUGUGUGAAGAGAUGUACGGUUUUGUCCUGUGUAGAUAUAAGGACAUGAUGGACACACGGAAUAUAACUGUACAUGAUUGUCACAAUUCAUAAAGGGAAUAUAA